CUAAACAGAUCACAGUGCAGAUUUCACCUCUUACCAUUCACUGUUAAACAAAACAAAAUAGUUUGCUGCGUUGCAUUGCUAUCUCAAACCUCAGAGAUGUUUCUGCGUUCUUUUGGGGAGGUAUAUAUUUGGACGUUGCGGAAGGAAAGUAGUUCUUGUCUAAAUCACGAGUCUCUAACCCUCGACGGCUUCAUCACACAGGCUUCACGGUGCUGUCAUGAUUGCGUCAGCUUCAGUUUAGCGCAUCUGCAGUUUGCGUCUAUUACUGCGCGCUGGCGGCUCUUAAAGUCUGAAAAUGAGCGAUCAGAGAAGAAAAGCGUUUAAAACAAUACUUCAGUUUACGUGUCAACUUUUGUGGGUGGUGGGGUUGGUGGUAGGCCUGAGUGGAGUCUACCUGCUGAAGAACUUCAGACACAGCAGCUUAUUUCUUUCUCACAGCUACAUCACCCUACCAGCAACCCUCGCUCUCGCCAGUGCUGCGUUUCUAUUGGCCAGCGGGUGCCUCGGCUCCUGGCUGAGCCUCAGGAAUUCCACCUUUCUGCAGGGACUGUUUGUUUACCUGCUGGUUAUCGUCUUUUGUCUGGAAAGUACGGCUUCAGCGUUGGCUUAUUUUCACUCUACAAAGCUGGAUUCAGAGAUAGCUCCUCUCAGUGGAGUAUUUCAGAACUACACAGGCAGCAGCCAGGACCCCAACUCUCGAGCUGUGGAUGCAGCACAAGAAGAGUUGCAUUGUUGUGGGGUCCAUGACUACAGGGACUGGCUAAAAACCUUGUGGUUUAACCAAACGGGAGGACUCUGGGUUCCUCACAGCUGCUGCAACUCUACAUUCCCGUCCUGCAAUGGGACUGUAGACCAGCCGUGGCAGCUCUACCCACAGGGCUGCCAGGUGAAGCUGGAGAUGAGGUUCCAGUUUGUGCUGAGUCUUAUCAUCUGGGGCUGCCCAUUGGUUUUUCUGGUGGAAAUCAUUUUGUUUCUGACAGUGGCACAGCUGAUGAGGGACCAACCACACAUCGAUUAUCAAGUACUGGACAAAAACUGUGACGGAUACUACUAGUACAGCAUGUCAUAUUGUAUAUUGUAUCGUCCAAAUGCGGAUACAAUUAUUGUUGGGAUUGCACCUCUCACCUGCCCAACUACUGCUUGACAAUACAGGUUUGCUCCUGUACACUACAAAACAUGUGACAUAAAAGUGACGAAAUAUAUUUUGUGUAAUGCGGUUGUUGUUUCGGACACCAAAAGGAUUACAAUGGUUUACGGAAAGCUUGUUUAUGGCUUUGGAUAUGCUGUUGCACCUUUCAGUCUAUGUAUUCUCAGACUCAACAUGUCGUAUGACCCUGCUGAGUGGAUAUAUAGGGCAAUGUAUAUUUCAUAUGCUCCAUUAUAUCUUUGUUAAACAAAUCAUAUGUGAUCUGAUUGUUUGUGUCUGGGUACAGUAGGGUUACAUUGUUUUCUUGUUAGUGUGUAAUUAUUGUAUACAGAGCACUUCUUUUUGCUGUCUCUAUGUGUGAUUUUACAAUUGUCUUACAUUGAAAUAAACACAGA